AUAAGUAUCUUCUCAUUUUUUUAGUUCUCAAAAGUAGCAAUAGAGAGAAGAGCAUACAUACAGAAGAGUGAUUCUCUUCUUCUUUUUUUUCUCUUCCUCUCUUUCACUCAUUGUAUGUUGUGCCAUUCCUUAGCCAGCUCCUGUUUUUUCCUUCUUUUUUUCCUUCUAAUUUUUCCCUCUAUGUUGAAGCCAAUAAAGCCAAGUUACUGAACGUAAAAAGGAUCGAUUUUUCUAUUGAGAAAUUCAUUUUGGUACAGGGGUUAAAUUUGGAAAAUGCAGAGUAUCAGUGUGUUACUGCUGCUGUCUUUGUUUUUCUUUUCAUUGUUUUGCUCCUCUGUUAGAGCCACUGUUUCAUAUGAUGACAGAGCUAUAAUCAUCAAUGGGAAAAGAAGGAUUCUUAUUUCUGGUUCAAUUCAUUACCCAAGAAGCACUCCCGAGAUGUGGCCUGAUCUUAUUCAAAAGGCUAAAGAUGGAGGCUUAGAUAUUAUAGAGACUUAUGUAUUCUGGAAUGGGCAUGAACUCUCUCCAGGAAAAUUUAAAUUUGAGGGGAGGUAUGAUCUGGUUAAAUUUAUCAAAUUGGUACAACAAGCAGGCCUCUAUAUUAAUCUCCGCAUUGGGCCUUACAUUUGUGGAGAAUGGAAUUUUGGGGGAUUUCCUGUUUGGUUAAAAUAUGUACCUGGUAUGGAGUUUAGAGCAGACAAUCACCCUUUCAAGUUAGCAAUGCAAGGAUUUGUUCAAAGAAUUGUCAACAUGAUGAAGUCAGAAAAUUUGUUUGAACCUCAAGGUGGACCAAUUAUUUUGGCACAGAUAGAAAAUGAGUAUGGACCAAUUGAGUGGGAAGUUGGUAGUCCUGGUAAAGCUUAUACAAAAUGGGCAGCUGAAAUGGCUGUGAGUUUAGACAUUGGAGUCCCAUGGAUCAUGUGUAAGCAAGAGGAUGCCCCUGAUCCUGUGAUUGAUACUUGCAAUGGCUUCUACUGCGAAGAUUUCAGUCCUAAUAAGCCCUACAAACCUAAAAUGUGGACAGAAGUCUGGACUGCCUGGUAUACGAAAUUCGGUGGUCCAGUUCCUCGUAGACCAGCUGAAGAUUUGGCUUUUUCAGUUGCAAGGUUUAUUCAGAACAAUGGCUCAUUCUUCAAUUACUACAUGUACCAUGGGGGAACAAAUUUUGGUAGGACAACUUCAGCACUUUUCAUUGCCACUAGCUAUGAUUACGAUGCUCCGCUAGAUGAAUAUGGGCUGUUGAAUGAACCAAAGUAUGGGCACUUGAGGGAUUUGCAUAAAGCUAUCAAGCUAUCUGAACCAGCUUUAGUUUCCUCAUAUCCCACAGUCAAUUGGCUUGGAAAGAAUCAAGAGGCUCAUGUCUUUAGAUCAAAAUCCGGGGAUUGUUCUGCGUUCCUAUCCAACUAUGACACUAAAUAUUCAGUUAAAGUCACCUUUCAGAAUAUCCAGUAUGACCUGCCUCCAUGGUCCAUCAGCAUUCUUCCUGAUUGCAAAACUGCUGUUUACAACACCGCUAGGAUUAGCUCCCAAAGCUCACAGAUGAUGAUGGCACCUGUAAUUGGCAGCUUAUCUUGGCAGUCAUACAAUGAAGAAACUCCAUCUGCUGAAGAAAGCGACACGCUUUCAGCCAAUGGACUACUGGAGCAAAUAAAUAUUACUAGAGAUUCCUCAGACUAUCUGUGGUACAUGACAGAUGUAAACGUAGGGUCUGAUGAAGGAUUUCUAAAGAAUGGAAAGGACCCUUUUCUCACUGUUAUGUCUGCUGGCCAUGCUAUGCAUGUCUUCAUCAAUGGCCAACAAUCAGGAACUGUUUAUGGGGGAUUAGAUAAUCCAAAACUGACAUAUAGUGGCAAUGUGAAACUAAGAGCCGGUACUAACAAGAUUUCUUUGCUCAGUGUUGCUGUUGGUCUCCCGAAUGUUGGUUUGCACUUUGAGACAUGGAAUACUGGAGUUCUUGGUCCAGUUACAUUGAGUGGUCUCAAUGAGGGGACAAGAGACUUGACAAUACAAAGAUGGUCUUACAAGGUUGGUCUAAAAGGUGAAUCAUUAAGUUUUCAUACCUCAAGUGGAGGUUCCUCUGUUGAAUGGGUUGAAGGUUCACUUUUGGCUCAAAGGCAGCCCCUCACUUGGUACAAGGCUACAUUUGAUGCACCUGAAGGAAAUGAUCCAGUGGCGCUAGACAUGGUAAGUAUGGGAAAAGGUCAAAUAUGGGUCAAUGGUGAAGGUGUAGGCCGCCACUGGCCUGGAUACAUAGCAAAGGGCCACUGUGGGGAAUGCAAUUAUGCUGGAGAUUACACUGAAAAGAAAUGUCAGACAAACUGUGGACAGCCUUCUCAAAGAUGGUAUCAUGUCCCAAGAUCAUGGUUGAAACCAAGUGGAAAUCUGUUGGUAGUUUUUGAAGAAUGGGGUGGUGUUCCAACCAGAAUUUCUUUGGUUAGAAGAGCAACUGCCAGUGUUUGUGCUGAUAUUGUUGAUGGACAGCCAACUCUAAAAAACUGGCGAAUGGUGAGCUCUGGAAAAUCUGGUAAUGUGCGUCGGAAAGCUCACUUGUGUUGUCCAGAUGGGAAGAAAAUCUCAAAAAUACAGUUUGCUAGUUACGGAGUGCCACAAGGAACUUGUGGAAACUUCCGCGAGGGUACCUGCCAUGCUCACAAGUCAUAUGAUGCAUUUGAGAAGAAUUGCAUUGGACGGCAAUCUUGUUCAGUAAAUGUUGUGCCUAAAGUUUUUGGAGGAGAUCCGUGUCCAAAUACUUCAAAGAAGCUAUCCGUGGAAGCUAUUUGUAGAUGAGAUUAUUUAAGGGAGUUGGAUACAAAGUGAAACCAAAAUCAAUUCAUUAUAAAUGCAGAAAUACGUGAUUACAUGAAUAUCGUUUUCAGAAAAAUUUUCCUUGCUUCUCUGCACAAGGGCUGCUGAUUCGGUUAUUGGAUUUGAAGAAAUUGUACAGCAUCUCGAUCCCAUAGGCCAGUAUAAUUUUGAAUUUAGAUAAGCUUCAUGUAUGGAUAUAUAACUACAAUUCAUUGAUCCAGGCCACCAUUCCUCCAAAUGGUUGAAAACCUGGAAUAGAAAGGGAUUACAUAUAAACUGUGUUUAUGAAAUAACCAGGGAGCCAAUUUUCAUUUAUACUUGUAAUAAUCUCACUGUGUAACAGUUAUUUGAAAAAAUUCUAUAAAGGCAUUGCAACGUUUUUUGCA